AUGAUUUUAGUUACAGUAAACAUUCUCUUUACCCUCAUCUCAUCUGCACCACUGACCGAUUUCACCACUGAUCGAGAUGCUCUUCUUGCUUUCAAAAAAGCCAUCACUGUCGACACAGAUGGCGUGUUGAGCAACAGCUGGCUUACCAACACAUCCAUCUGUGUCUGGGCCGGUGUCACCUGUGGCAUCAAACACCACAGGGUCACUGCCCUCAAUCUCUCCAACUUCGCCCUCCACGGAAACCUCUCCCCACAUCUGGGAAACCUAACGUUUCUCCGGUCCUUGGACGUUAGCUCCAACAACUUCACAGGCAUCUUACCUACUGAGCUGUCUAAACUACACCGUCUGAAGCAUCUAAGCGCAUCAUCGAACAACUUCAGUGGAGAAAUCCCGGGAGUCAUCCUUACGAACAUGUCUGUAUUGGAAUAUAUUGAUCUGAGGUCGAACAACCUAUCAGGCGCGCUGCCAAGUGAUAUGUGCAACAAUACUCCGAAACUGAAGAUAUUAGUUCUCAGAGAGAAUCAAAUAUAUGGAAAUAUUCCAAGGAGUAUAUAUAAGUGUAGUGAGAUGCAGAAGUUGGGCUUGUCCAUGAAUAUGUUAAGUGGAAACUUACCAACCGAAGUUGGAAAUCUUAGUAUGCUUACAGUUUUAUCCCUAUAUGAUAAUGAUCUCCAAGGAAAUAUUCCAUCUUCUGUUUUCAACGUUUCACGGUUGGAAUUCAUCUACCUCAGUGGCAAUACUCUGUCAGGUUGCAUACCAAAGGAGAUUGGAAGUCUUACCUCCUUGAAAUAUCUUUAUCUGUAUUAUAAUAACUUGACAGGUCAUAUUCCAAGACAAUUCGGGAACCUCUCUUCACUAUUAGGGCUGAAUAUUGCUUCCAAUAAGUUGGCGGGUAUUCAUGAUCAUAUCAUUACUAAAUUUCUACUAGUAUUUUAAAUAAUUCAUAUUGUCUCUGUU